AUGUCAGAUGUGCAUUGGUCACUGCGAACUUGGCAAAAUCAUUUGAAGGAGGCCGGUGAAGACGAGAAGGCAGCCAUAUGUCUGAAACGGCCAACCGAUUUGCAAGUUGGUGGUUCAAAUAUAUCCACUAAACGAAGACGCAUGAAUGAAGAUCCUCGAGGCGCUACUAGUACUCCUCGCGAUGCCACUCCCCUUCGUGAUGCCCCUCCUCCUCGCGAUGCCACUCCCCUUCGUGAUGCCCCUCCUCCUCGCGAUGCCACUCCCCUUCGUGAUGCCCCUCCUCCUGGCGAUGACAAUCCCCCUCCUCCUGGCGAUGACAAUCCCCCUCCUCCCGGCAAUGACAAUCCCCCUCCUCCUCGCGAUGACAAUCCCCCUCCUCCUGGCGAUGACAAUCCCCCUCCUCCUCGCGAUGACAAUCCCCCUCCUCCUGGCGAUGACAAUCCCCCUCCUCCCGAUAAUCCAAAUCACCCCCCCCAGCAAUUUGAAGAAUGGCGAGAUCCUUUCUCCGACCUUGAUUUUGAGGAACUUGCUCGCAAUGCUCGUCUCCCAGAUCUACAACGUGAUAUGAAGUUUAUUCUUGCUCUUCGGGAGGCAUCGCUAGAUGAUGGGAUUGGACUCACAGGGGAUGCACUCGAACGUUUGUGA